UGGGGUCGUCAAAUUCGUGGCGCGUCUAAACUCGAUGUCACGCAUCGACAAUUAGCAAUUUCAUCUGCUCCCAUGCCAGCUUCCUCUUUCGCCCUUCUCAGUACUCAGUCGUCCGAAUGGUCGAGAAGCUGACGUUGCUCAAUGCACGCUGUCAUGGGAGACGAGAACUCGUUGACAUUGUCUGCGAAGAUGGCAAGAUCAAGAGCAUAGAAGCUGCUGCAAGCUUAAAUCAGAAGGAGCAGCUGCCCCAGAAACGCAAACGAGACUUUCAAGAAGCUCAGUCAACAAUAAACCAGAUUCACCCUGGCGAAACCUCAGUCGAUUGCGAACAUGGUCUCGUCUUACCAUCUUUGUGCCAUGCGCACGUUCAUCUAGACAAAUGCUUCAUUCUCAAUGAAACAGACCUCCAGCAAGGUACCUUUGAAGAAGCCUUGUCGAGCACUGCGAAGCUGAAGGAUUCUAUGCUAGAUGAUAUGUACGAGCGCGGUCAGCUGCUCAUUGAACGCUCUAUUGCAGCUGGCGUUACAUCCAUGCGAUGUAUGGUGGAACCCGGCACCGACACCCUUGGCCAACAAUAUUGCUUCGAAGUGGGCAUGGACCUGAUGGAUUUCUACGAAAAACAAUGCGAAAUCCAACUAGUUUUGUUUGCACAAGACCCGUUCAUCACCGAUCCUCAAAAGAUUGAGCAGAUGGAGGUAUUCUUUGGUGAAGCCCGGCUGAGGAUCCGCGGGUCUACUGCGCAGGGUGCCUCCGCUAUUGGCAGUGCUCCCUAUGUCGAAAAGACGUAUGAGGACGGGCUCGCCAACAUGAGAUUUGUGACGCAGCAUGCAAACAAGAAGAAAUGUGGCCUUGACUUCCACCUAGACUACGCGCUUGACGAGAAAUGUAUGAUCUUUGAUGCACUCGAUUAUCUGGCAAGACAUUAUACAGGUGGCGAAGGUGUGUCAUUCGGUCACUGUACAGGUCUGACACAAUUCAGUCAAGCCGACCUUGAACGAGUCUUGGAGAAAGUCAAGGCUUGUCCAUUCAGGGUUUCCUUUGUUGGCUUGCCAGCAUCAGAUCUCUUCAUGAUGGGCCGUGACACGCCUCUCAAUCCGCCUCGUGGAACACUGAUGCUACCAGAAUUGUCAAAGCUGGGGUUCAAGUGUGCGUGCAGCAUCAACAAUUGCUACAAUGGCUUUCAACCACACGGUAGUUGUGACCCACUUGCCAUGAACUUGUCGUCCAUCUACCAGUCUUCUACUCAAGAUCAGCUUGCACAGCUGUAUAGCUUCGUGUCGACUGAUGCAAAAGCUUCUAUUGGCGCGAUAGACGCGGAUCAGUCGUUGGAGAUGUCUGUCGGCCGGAUAGCUGACUUGGUGGUGUAUACGAAACAAUCACGGGUCGAGGAAGUGGUGUGUAUGCCUGAUCCGAAUCGCAUCACAAUCAGAAAUGGGCGUGUUGUUUCAGUGGUCAAGACGGAUACUUGGCUGCUAAGCAGAGACUUGGACGAUCACUGAUUCUGGCAGUAGUCAUGACUGCGAUGUUGUGCUGGCACUCACUGCUCGUCGACUUUUCAGGGGCAAGCUGACUUUUUAUGCAUCUGUUUGUUGAAUGCGUUAGUUUAGUCAACGG